ACAGAUCGAAGCAGACAUGACACUCGAAGAAUUGAGGGUUAACGAUGGAGUGCAAAAGCCUCAUAUAUUCAUCGGACUGAACGGAAGUAUAUACGAUUGCUCGGCAAGGCCCGAUUUCUAUGGUCCAAAAGGUCCUUAUGGUCUGUUUGCGGGUAGAGAUGCGAGUCGUGCACUGGCUACGGGUGACCUAUCCGGUGACUCACUUUCCACAGAACACGACGAUUUAGCGACAUUGACUGAAGAUGAGAAGGAGGCCAUGCGCGAGUGGGAGCAGACCUACAGCAUAAAGUACCGGCGGGUGGGUGCGUUGGUACGUGAACACGUAUCAGCUGCGACUACAGACUCUGAGGGGAACAUUCCCACAAGCUCCACCAAGACCACGGCAACAGUGCCAGACGCUCACUCUGCAGAGGCAGUGAACCCCGAUCCUACGCCGACAGCAGAGGCUGAACACCAACCCGUGGAACAACCGAGCACCGUGGGGAAUCAAACUGCCACAGCUACGGAAGACUUGGAGCUUGAUCCUACGAUCCUCCCACCACCACCACUACCAGUUGUAACGGACAUCGACGCAACCAACGAACCAAAUCCCGCAAGCCAAGACGUUGGGGAUGUUGUGCAUACCCAGGCUGCGGAGGUAGAUGCGAGUUCGGUUUCAGACGAUCAGAAGUCGGCAAAUGAUGCCGACGGGGACUUAAACAAUGAAACGAGCGCGCGAGAGAGUCACCUUUUGUCUCGAUUGCGUGCGGAGUCGAGAUCGCCCACGCCUUCUGUUGGCAAAGACUGGGAGUUUGUUGAGAAAGCCGAUGCCGAAAGUAAAACUCUUUAGAAGGAAGGUUAUACGAUUCAUUACGGUAUACGGGAUACAUGUGGACCCCAACCCACCUGAGCGAAGGGAGACACGCUCAUUGGCUCAGCUUUCCCUCUCACGACUUCACAUCGAACAACAUCAACCCACAACUGGACAACCCCUAAAAGACAUACAUGUAGAAACGUACAAAUGUACAUACGUCGACAUACAUCUCCACGCGCAUGUCAUCUGACGUGUCAAAAAUAAGAGAGCUUCUGAUAUACCACUGCGCCGGACGCCACCAAACGAGUUUUAAUGACACUGACGGGCGAGGAUGUGAAGGAUUAGGGCAAAUGUGUGUCAGUGGAGAAAUGGGCGCAAGUUGUUGCGUAGCCCUACACUAUCCUUGCUGCAUCUCAGUCGCGAGGAUCAGAGUUCUUCCCACGUUGGCGUUGUUCUGCACGGCUAUCUUUUCCUGUGUCAACCCGUGGGCUAUGAUUGCUUGAUGUGGCACGCGCGGUAUCACAAGUGUAUCUGUAGUAUAUAAAUGCAUGCAGCUUGUACUUACUUCAAUGUUAUGCCAAUUUUGAACUUGUUUAUAAGUAUGACGUUGCACCUUGCUUGUACUUUAUGAUUUACCUGAGGUCGCGUCAAACUCGACGCCUUCCUUCAGAGAUAUAUCACAAUAAAGAGAUAAGUUGCCGAUGA